AUGCCGGGACAGGUCAUGGAAGCCGCGCUGUUGCAGCAGCAGCUGCCGGCCAUGGCGGCGGGAGCGCUCCAGCUGCCUCCCGGCUGCUUCAAGCACGACGUUGCUGCUGCCGCGACGGCGAUGACGGACAUGCAGGCCUUCCUGCAGCCGCUUCCGGCUCCGGCAGCCGGCGGCGGAGGAGGAGGGAGGGAGCAGUGCCCGCGGUGCGCGUCGCACGACACCAAGUUCUGCUACUACAACAACUACAACACGUCGCAGCCGCGGCACUUCUGCCGCGCCUGCCGCCGCUACUGGACGCUCGGGGGCUCGCUCCGCAACGUCCCCAUCGGCGGCUCCACCCGCAAGCGCCCGCGCCCGGCGGUGCGCCGCGCGCCGCCGCUCGUCCACUUCGCCGCCGCCGCCGCCCCGGCGCCUCACUCGCCGCAGGCGGCCGCGGGACUGCUCGGCUCGCUGUUCGCGCUCGGCGCGGCGCCGCUGCUGGAGGGACGCGCCGGCUUCGACCUCGGCCUCGGCCUGCCAGGCCCGGGGGCUCACGUCAGCGGCGCCGGCGGCGAAGUGGCUGCCUGCCUCGGCGCCCUGUCCAGCAGGGGCGGCGUAGGAGCAACAACGACGACGACGUCCUCGCCUCUGCUCUGGCCAACCGGGCUGUUUGACGGCAGCAGUAACGUGGAGGCAUGGAAGCCGGUGGCGGCAGGCGGCGGCGGUGCCAUGUGGCCGGAGUUCUCCGCGGCGGCGCAGCAGGGCGGCCUGAUGCAUGGAGGGGCCCAGCAGCAACCCCAGCUUCUAUAGGAGUAGGAGUACGUACGCAUGC